AUGAAGGCAGAAGACUCAUCCCCAAUUUACUUCUGGCGUGAAUACGGAGAGAUUUACGGCUAUUUGUCCCAAUGGUAUCAUUCUCCAUUUCACACCGACAAUGACUCAACCAUUGUAUAUCAAACAGCCGAACAAUACAUGAUGCACCAAAAAGCCAUUCUCUUCUCGGACCACGAAAUCGCCGCCCAAAUCCUCAAAACCACAGUUCCAAAAGAGCAGAAAGCCCUGGGACGCCGAGUCAGCAACUUCAAUCAAGAAGUCUGGGAAGCGAAUCGGGAGAGAAUCGUGGAGGAAGGGAGUUAUUUCAAAUUCAAGUAUGGAGAGGAUGAGGGGGAGGGAAAGGACGACGGCACGAGUUUGAGAGAGAAAUUGUUGGGAACCGGUGAUAGGGAGAUCGUUGAGGCUAGUCCAAUGGAUAGAAUCUGGGGCGUUGGAUUUGGAGCGAAGAAUGCUGGGAGCCGAAGAAAGGAUUGGGGAUUGAACCUCCUUGGUAAAGCAUUAGUAAGAGCAAGAGAAAGAUUGAGAGCUGAGCAAGCGGAGAUGGACCAGCAUAAGUCUUGA